CUAAGACUCGAAACAACUGGUCAACUCAGCACAGAGAGGGAGCCAGUGUAGGUGAGAACUGCAUAGUUGACCACACUUGGUGGGCAACUUAGUAGUUCUACAUUCACACUAACUUUAUAGUGAACAUGGGGGCUGGGGCAAGCGCUGAGGAAAAGCAUUCCCGUGAGCUAGAGAAGAAGCUAAAGGAAGAUGCUGACAAGGAUGCCAGGACUGUCAAACUACUGUUACUAGGUGCUGGUGAGUCAGGGAAGAGCACAAUUGUCAAACAGAUGAAAAUUAUCCACAAAGAUGGUUACUCCCUGGAAGAGUGCCUGGAGUUCAUUACUAUCAUCUACAGCAACACUUUGCAAUCAAUCAUGGCUAUUGUAAAGGCUAUGAACACACUCAACAUCAGCUAUGGAGAUGCUGCCCAGCAGGACAAUGCCAGGAAGCUGAUGCACUUAGCUGACACUAUUGAAGAGGGCACCAUGCCCAAGGAGAUGUCAGAUAUUAUUCUGCAGUUGUGGAAAGACACUGGCAUCCAAGCAUGCUUUGACAGAGCCUCGGAAUACCAGCUUAACGACUCAGCUGGAUACUAUUUAAAUGAUUUGGAAAGGUUGAUCCAGCCUGGCUAUGUCCCCACUGAGCAGGAUGUACUAAGAUCUCGAGUUAAGACAACUGGUAUCAUUGAGACUCAGUUUUCCUUCAAGGACCUCAACUUCAGGAUGUUUGAUGUAGGAGGUCAGCGCUCGGAGCGAAAGAAAUGGAUCCACUGCUUUGAGGGUGUCACCUGCAUUAUCUUCAUCGCUGCUCUGAGUGCUUAUGACAUGGUACUGGUGGAGGAUGAUGAAGUGAACCGAAUGCACGAGAGUCUGCACUUGUUCAACAGUAUCUGCAACCACCGCUACUUCGCCACAACUUCCAUUGUACUCUUCCUAAACAAGAAAGAUGUCUUCCUUGAGAAGAUCAAGAAGGCCCAUUUAAGCAUGUGCUUCCCUGAAUAUGAUGGACCAAACACAUAUGAAGACGCUGGUAACUACAUAAAGCUGCAGUUCUUGGACCUGAAUAUGCGGCGAGAUAUCAAAGAAAUCUACUCGCACAUGACUUGUGCCACAGACACAGAGAACGUGAAGUUUGUGUUCGAUGCCGUGACAGACAUUAUCAUCAAAGAAAACCUCAAGGACUGUGGACUCUUUUAAACUCCUGAGAAAAGGCAUGGAGAGCGCCUGUAUUUUCUCUUUCUCCAAGAUGACAAGGCAUUAUACAUGUCAAAGAAACUAGAAUCUAGAGAGGAAGUGAUAAAUACUUUAUUGCUGCUAAUGUCUUUUCUCAUUCCAAAAGAAUAACAUAGAAAGAUGCUGCACAGUCACAUGGUCCCAAUAGUGUCUUACAGCAAAGGAAUAAUAAUUAUAGCAGAAUUUUAUAAGCUGCACUCAAUGAGGCAGAAACGCUCUUUUUUAAAGAUUCAGCUGUUAUCGGUUCAUGCGGUGUACUUUAUCAUAGUCUCUUAUUUUGGUGCAUGGUAUCUUCUCAAAACACCUGCAUAUGCACUUCAGAAAAAGUAAUUACAUGGAAAACUUAGCUACUUAUGUUGCAUUGCAAGCAGAGUAGGUCAUACAUAUUUCCCAAUUUUUGAUUAUGUACUUGAAGGCAUCAAAAAGAUGAGUUACAGAUAAAAAUGUAUUUGUUCUAAUGACGCUUCGCUCUUGAAGAACAGUUGAAUCAUAUUUCAGUGUAGAUUGAGGUGAGAUGUUCGGAUGGACUUCACGGCUUUGGCUUUGGAAUAAAAAGAAAUAUGGAGACAAUAUGGAGGAGAGCAUAAGGAUGUAUGGACGAACAAUAAAGCUUCAGUAGACACAAA